AUGCCCGCGCUUCCAAGCCCCAACCUUCGGUUGAAGCCCGCCGAGUCCGAGCCUGCUCUCAAGACAGUAGCGGCCUUGGAGACAGCCCCUAAGCCGGACCCGGUGCCCGAACUGCAACCUACGGUAGCGACGGCGCCUCCCAAGGCAGUCCCUCGUGCCCGUGUCGGGUUUUCCGAAACCAUCGAGUUUAUUCCUCGUCCCCUCUCCCUCAUCUCCAGUGACACAUCCAGCACCGUGACGGCACGACCGGGUCACUCUGUUUCUGGUAGCAUCUCUAGCAUCAUCUCAAACCCCGCACCAGUGCCGGCGGAGAGGGAGAUCAAGCCUCGAACUGAGCUUCCGUUUUCCCGCGACGUGUCAGAAUCCCGACCCAGCACCGCCGGGGCUGUCUUGGAGCGCACAACCUCUACACUCGAUGUCGAGGGCGUUGACAUCUCGCCCCGUAGGCGGAACUCCAUCCCAGCCCUACGCCACGUCCCCGACACGGUAGACUCUGCAGAGCCCAGUCCAACCAAGACGCCAAAGCGAUGGUCAUUUUUCGGCCUGGACCCGCUUGUCAAAGAGACAACUACUCCUGAACAAGUCGCGGAACCGGUGGUGAGCGAGGUCGUUGAAGAGCAGGGCGAGGAAACCAUACGGGCGAAGAGGAAAGGAAAGAAGUCGAGGAAGAAGGUCAAGACCUGGGCUGGUGCUAUCCUCACACGCAAAUCGAAGCCUCGUCCCAAAUCCUGCGUCCUCUCAGAUCUAACCCCUGCCGCGCGCCAGGAUUUAGGUGUUGACGACAACUUGGCUGAUCCCCUCACGAUUGAUGCCGACCUUGGCAUGAAGGGUUUCAGCGGCCCCGGUAUGCACUACCAUCGCCGAGCGGAGAGCGCGCCAGAGAUGGUACCGUUUGAGGGUGCAAGGUUUGGUCUUCACCGAUUUGGGAGUAGCUCCACUAUGGCGGAUGUCUUUGAAGAGGACGAGGAGGAAGACGAAGACACCAGUAGCAACUCGAGCGAGUCGGUGAGCGACAAGGAUACUCCGCCCUCCGCAGUCUCGGAUCGCGACGAGUUUCUACCAGGAACUCUCUCGGAACCGCAGCCAGAUGCCGAGGUUGAGGUCACGCAACUGUAUAGUGUAUCGCCGGCGGUCUCGCAGCAGCCUAGCCCCGCGCUCACAGGGUUAGACCCCACGCAGCUGCAAUCACAGUCGUCUCGAUCGAUGCGAUCCGAACGCUCGACCACCUCGCUGCAGGAUGCGGUGAUUCAAGAGGACUUGUCAGGAGUCCAUUUUCGCAUGGCAAACCUCUUCCAGGGUAACGGCUCCCCCGUCUCCUCUGCCACACCGUCGCCUCGGAGAAUCCUGGCCUCGCGUGAGCUUGCGCCCGUGGAUAUCAGCCCUCUGCAGUUGCCCUCCCGCAUAUCGACCGCGCCGUCUUCUGUAAACGAGGAGACGAGCUUCCAAUCGCUACUCAUGGGCCAACCCGGACCCGAAGUUCGGAUUUCGGUCGACGACAUUCCGUCGUUGACAUCGAGCAACUCAACAAUGACGAAAGAGAGUGCCUAUACGCACAACGCCCAUGCCAUUCCCCCGUCUCAUUCCACAGUCAACGCCCCGCAUCGGUCUCCUCAGCCGCCUUUGGCCGUCGCCGAUCCAGUUUGGCUAGCCUGA